AUGUCGUUUCCUAACGGUAACGGACGAGGCAAUCGGCUCGGUUUCGGCGGAGGAAACAAGCGCAAAGCUCGCGAAACUCAGUCAGAGGACGACGGAGCGCAGUAUCGAGUGCGCCUCGAGGAAAUUAGAGCUCGCUUGGAGCGAGUGAGGUCGAACAGGCCAGCUCCUCCCCCCGUUACUCAACCCCAAGGCACUGCCAACGUUCAGCAGGCUGCGGCUCCUGGCAACCCCAACUCAUCGCAAGAGUCCGUCCCGCCUGGUACUCAAGUAGUGCCAGAUAUGGUCCGCUAUCAGCAUGAUACCACCAUCCAUCGCAAUAAGCCCAAUCUACGCCAGCUCCCCAAGUUGCCGUGGACGCCGGUGUUGUUGAUCUUGCCAGACCGGGGCUCGGCCGAGUUUGGUCAUCCACACCACAAGAAGAAUGCGCCUAGACAAGCUGCCAAUGCCCCAUUCUUGGUCAGAAAUCGAGUCCUCAUCCACAUCGACUGCGGAAGACUCGGUCAAGCUGGGAUUGCGCUGAAGAUUCAGCUACCGAAGAAUCGGCGGAGCCUAAACUUGAACACUGCUUCCGGCGACGACCGACGAGUGGCGACUCUUCGAUGGUCGGUCGGCGUUAAAGUCGCUGCAGACCGCCACCAGCUUGCGCGCUUCAAGUGUCAGGCAAAGGGUGAGUUGCAGGCGACAUACACCGCUGAGAAGAAGGUCCCUCGAUGCAUCCUCGAGUCUGAUUACGACGGAAACAUGGAAGGUUUGGUGUGCAUUGAAUUCGAGGGUGAUUCUGCCGAAGUUGUGGUUGAAGAUUUCGACGCAUUUAUUGAUUGCGAGCGAGAUCUAGUGCAGAGAAAUGCCCUGCACAGCCUAUUUACCGAGAGUAGGGUUCGUGCGAAGGUUUACAUCAAGCCAGACUCGGUCGAUACUUUGGUGACGAAUAUCGGUCACUUCAGUCAGCAAUUUAGGCACAUGUAUACUCCUUUGCGCCAGUAUCUAACUCCGAACUCAUCAGAUUUGGACAUCGGCUUAGAUAUGCCCGCUGUCGAUCUGUUCGCAAACCGUUCUCUUGCGAAAUAUGGGAAAUCGGAGGAGCAGAGAAUGCAGGCCGAAAUCAGCCAGCGUGGUAGCGUUCAGACAUGGCCUACCGAAAUCACCGGCGUCGAGCAGCUGAGAGAGACAACUACCUUCGACGACGAGAAGACCUUAGGGAUCUAUACCACCCUCUCGAUUGUCCGGAAUUUCCAGUACGAGCAAGCCAUGAACUCAGAGUUGAGCAGCCUCGACAUCAAAUUUAAGUUCGCCAAAGGCUUCGAGCGUCCGGAAACAGCUGAUAUGAGCUAUGAGCAGAAGGUUCAACAGAAGAUGUUCUACAUAUUUGGCACUCUUCCCAAAGAUGCUGCGGACAUCGUCAGUCCCGCCCCUGGAACUCAGUGGGAAGUCGCACUACCCUACUGGUUUGCCGAUCGUACAUUCGUCCCGCCUACCCGGAAGCAGCUGUAUCUCUGUACCUGCGUGGCGGUUACUCGUGAGGAAAAGCAGCAUGUUGGAGGCGCAGAUUUCGCGUUCGUUGGCCGUGUCAAGGACUUUCCGGAAGUCCAUAUCAAAAUCGCCAACAGCUUCUCGGAAGUUGAUCCUAACGUACACUUCAGAUGGGGUCGCAUGAAGGAGUCAGUCGAUCAUGAAGUGGCUGCGCAGACCCUGAAAGCUGUCAAGCGAGUAUGCCGGAACGAGAACAGCAAUUACUCACACAUCCUGUCUGUUCUUACCUCGAACGGAUCACUGCCUCGAAUCGCCACUCAGGACCUCACUCCGGGGCCCGCUCGCAUGAUCAACUCCAUGCCGAUCAUGGACCGAGAUCGUCGAUCUCAAGAAUGGGAGUACCGAGCCCUCAUACUUGCGGGUUUAUGGCCAGAGACGACUCAUUUGCAGUCCUCUCUGAUUAACGAUGCCCCCAAAAGCAUGUGGCUCAUGAUGGCCAUCCUUGGAGGCCCAGGCUGCGUGAAGACUAGCACCACCGCAAUGCUGCUAAACCUUCUCGCCGCCAGCGACCACAAGAUCCUGGUCCUCUCCAAGACCAACAGCCCUGUUAACAACAUGAUGCAGGCACUGGAGAAGGUCAGACGGCGAUUUGUAACGGAAGGCCCAGCCAUCAUUAGAAGAACCGGAGGAGCCGUCCACGCCAACAUCAGAGUCGGAGUCGAGCCCUUCGGUCGGCUUCAGAUGCUUCGAUAUAUGCCUCCUACAGUCGAAGUCAACACUCUGCAGGAGGAGAGUCGUGCGGUACACGACAACAACACCUUCACCCUUGAGAGUAGCGCCGAGCAGAUGCGUCAGGCUUACGACGAGGACAAUCGCCAGAUGGACAUGGUCGAGCAAAUGACUGCUAUGAGCCAAAUCGAACAACAGAUCAUGGCCGUGCUUGGCCAGCGGCAAGAUCAGGUCGAAGGUGAGACUAACGAUGCCUUCGCCGCUCGACGCGCGGAGGAAAGUGCUCUCAGACAGGACGCCAAUGAUCUCAAGCAGAAGCAAGCUGAGGUGCAAGGGAUGCUCGAUCGCCUCCGAAUGGACUAUGAACGUGCUCCCAUUACGGCGAGAAAGGGCUUCGAGUUCCCCCUCAAUCACGCUCUAUGCUACCAGAUCAACAAAUUUGAAGGUCAGCACCCUGUUCAACCUUUGGGAGCGACGGCGCUCGCGAAGUUUAGCGCGAUCAGAAAAUGGCGCGCCGCCGAGGCUGACUACGAAGCCCAACGCGAGACUUUAGCGAGCAGAGACGACCGUCGAGAUGCCAUCCGAGCUAUCGCCGAGGCACGCAUCGAGGUAUUCAGCGCGUUCGUCGAAUCUCAGAACAUCGUUGGUGCGACUUACGGCAACAGCACAGACCAGUGUAUUGCCAAAUUCAAGCCAGAUAUCGUCGUGCAUGAGGAAGCUUCCCAGGCUACCCUUGGUGAUGCCAUGUGUGGAUUUUCCUUCGAGACUGGCACGGUGCACAUUUUCUUAGGUGACACCUUGCAGAUGCCGCCAUACGACCGCGGAAACCACUGGACAGAGGUUGAAGCCAUCACCAAAAAGUCCGUCCUUCAGGUUCUCUUGGACCUGAGCAUUGUUCCAUAUCCUCUGGUCGAGCAGUUCCGCAUGCACCCUUCAAUCAUGCAAUUCCCCAACGAGGAGUUCUACGAUGGCAUGCUCAUCGCCGGCAAAUGCACCAAGCAAGACCACAAUGAACAAAGUAUCGCUCGACAAGUCAUGCAGUCCAAGUUCCACAGCCGCAACCCCGAUGCCAGCUUUGACGGUCAGUACUACCUGGUCAACAAUGUGGCGGGAGCAUGCGUGCAAGAUGCGGAUGCUCAAUCUACCUCAAGAGUCAAUUACGCUGAGGCCAGUUCUAUCGUCGCCCUCUGCGUCGAUCUUGUUCAGGCUGGUAUUCGUCCUCCUACCAUCAGCGUCCUCUGCCUCUACAGCGCGCAGGCUGCUCUAGUCAACCGGAAAAUGCGGGCCGCCUUCAAGGAUAUUGAUACGACCGGCGCGGUCCAAGUCACGACCGUUGAUUCCUUCCAGGGCGACGAGAACGAGAUUGUGUUGGUAGCGCUCUCAAUCAGCGCAGGCGCAGCAGCUGGCUUUCUUCAGAUCAACCGUUCGAAGAAGUCUACCACAUCGACGCUGUCGUCCUUCGCUAAGAACGCGCAUCGCCUCAACGUUGCCUUAACGCGAGCGAAAUACCUAGCCGUCAUUUUCGGCCACUUCAACUCGGUAUUCGAAUCAUGCCGUGAGUCCCUUCGAGCCCUCACGGGGAAUAAGAACACUGGCGGCGCUGGUGUUCUAUACAACAUGAUCGUUGACGCCGACGAGCGUAAGGUCUUGCUCGUGGACUGGACUUCCAAUGAUCACCCAAAGUCCCAAAAGUUCCUUCAGGACAACAACCGCGCACAAGACUGGGAAAAAGAGUGUCAGUCGAAUGCGAGAAUGUCCGGUAUCUCCGUGUCUCGCAAGGUCUUGACUCGGAAAAAGGCGGAUCAGGCCGCUUUUGGAGCGCCCACCCCGGGUGGUUUUGUUUUCAGUGGUCCGGGUUUUGGCACCGAAGCCUCCUUUCAGCUUCCAGAAGGUACCGAGAAGCAGCGCAGCUAUGCUGCGAGCCAUCCGUUGUUACGAAGAACCGGGCCCGCGCAGCUCAACACCGUGCCUGAGCCGUUCCGCAGAGAAAACAUCAUUUCUCUCGCCAGAAACAGCGUGGGUACAACAAUGAUCAUCGAUGCCGCCUCCGCCUACGCCGCGGUCGCAACAGUCGCCACAGUCGCCCAGCCAGCCAUUGCGUCAGAAUCAGCGACGUCGAAAGCGUCGAAGCCGGCUGCUACGGAUGUAGUCAUGGGAAAUGAUGGGAGCGCGGAGGUUGGCGCAGGGAUGGAGGAUGGGGAGAUUGACGGAUGA